AUGACUCAAUCCGAAGUCCUUGUCCACAUCUCCGCGCCCAGCACCGUCAGCAAUGACGCUCACUAUCGGGCUCAGGUCGAGGCCAUCCUGGGUUUCGAACCCUUUUCUCAUCAGCUUAUAACCUUGCGAUCAGAUGACGGCGAUCAAAUACCUGAUCCCAAUCCCGCAGCCGGUAGACGCCUAAGCGCCUCCCCUGGCCAGGAACAGCACAAUGCCCGCCCUUGUAUAUAUAAACCAUCCAACAACACGACUGCCUCGCCAGUCCCGCGACAAACUCGCUACGACAAGGACUCACUCGGAACACCCCUGAGUGUCAUUCCAGAUUCACAGCCCGAGCGGCCACCUCCUGACCCCCAGGACUUGCAGGAGAUCGAGCCUCCGCGAUCAAGCCCUGUGUCCUGCCUAGACGAACACCCCGAUAAUGGCACCCCACCAAAUGACGACAAGUUCUUAUCACUUCCACCCCCCAGUGCUCACGAUGACGACAACUCAGAAAAUGACAACUAUGACAAUGUGCCGCUAACAAGGGACCAUGCCUCCCUGCCAAUGGAGAUCAGACCCCGAUCACCUCCAAUAUCAUCAGAGCGCUUCGUAACGCACAUUACCCCAACCCUAGCAAUGCUAGCCACCCGCCUCAAGUCCCCACGGACAUACAAUCCUAUAAAGCAAACCAGAGCACUGGACAACCUGGAAAGAGGAUACUGGUACGUCCGUGUCAACCUGGAGACACCCGGUCCAAACGAGCAACACAAACCAGCAAACCCCACCCCGAUGGCCUGGGACAUGACAUUCUUCACCCGUUUCUGGACCUUCCUAUCCGAAUUCAUCGCCAAGGAACGCCGCGCCGGCUGGGGAGUCUGGUGUAUCCUAGAGGAUGUCGAAACAAUUGCCCAAUCCUCCCGUGAGCCUGGUCACAUAAAGCCCGUAACACUAAAGGUUUACGCUUGGGGUGAAAUAGCUUCACAUGUCUACCUACUUUUGUUUCUGGCUAGUGAACGUCGCGUCCGCAAGAUGGGGCUUCAAUGGCGCGAUAGUGCCGAGGAGGUCGUCAUUCAGAUGCCGUAAGAUGAAUCAUCCUACUUUACUGUCGUAGUGCUUAUUCUCUGAAUGAUAUUGUAUCUUCAGAGAAUCGGAAAUACGUAUACCUUAUCUGCUAUAACUGAUGAUUAUAUAUAUAUAUAUAUAUAUAGUCGAAAAUUGCACGAUAAGAACAUAAAAAGAAUAUGC